AUGAAGUUCGCUGCUGCUUACAAAAGUUUUUCUCAAGAAAUUAUGGAACAAAUCGAGUAUUAUGUUAUAUAUGGUCAGUGUGAUAUAGCAACGAUUAGGAAUCUUCUUCAGCCGAAGUAUCCGGAUCAUGUCUUUCUUACUCAAGAUCUUGGAAAUGCCAUUCAAAAAAUCAAGCAGGAAAAAGGGAUAAACUUAAGUGAUGCAUCAUCUUUAUUGACCAAACUUUUAGAGUUUCAAGCUAAUGAUUCACAAUGGUUUGUAAAACCAUUAAUAGAUGAUAAUCAUCUAAUUGGUAUUUUUUGGAUGUCUCCAAAACAAUGCAAAAGAUGGUCCAAAAGUAGGUUAGCAGCACAGGCAUUUAUACAGGAUGAAAGACAAGAAUUAUAUGAAUGGUUGCUUCAAUGUUGUUUAGAAGCAUGUGAGAUUCCUCUAUUAACGUUUGUUACAGACGCAGAUCCUGCAAUGAUUGCGGCAAUUUCUAUCAUAUUUCUCAAAACUCGCCAUAUGCAAUGCUUAUAUCACCUUUAUCAAAAUAUUUCAAAGAACUUUCGUUCAUGUUUAGGAUCAUUUUACCAUGAUUUCCUUAAGGAUUUUAAAAAUAUUCAGCGUUCUCACUGUGAAGAAGUAUUUAAACAGAGAAUUCAAGGUCUAAUUAAAAAAUACAAAGCAGUGGAAAAAUAUAUAACAAUGUUAUUAGAUCGAAAAUAUACAUGGGUAAAGUGCUUCACAUCUUGCUGCUUUACAGCAGGAACACAAUCAACACAACGUGUCGAAUCAGAGAAUGAAUUAAUUAAAAAGGCUAUACAGUCAAGCUCUUCUUUUUUGGAAGUUCAAGAAGCUCUGGAAAAUCGACUUGAAUUUGAGUCGAUUAAUAAUCGCUAUUCAAUUUGGAAAUCAUCAACAUUACAGUAUACUCAACCAUUUAUUAUACAAACAUUUUUUACCAGUAUUGAUCAUAUAAUGAAAAAAUUUCUUACUCAACCAAUUCAUGAUGCACAUUAUAAGCAAAUGUGUCAAUCCGUAUGUUACCUUGCAUGUCAAGUAUCUAUGUCAGAAAUUUUAUUAUCUAAUGAUGAUUUGUUUGAACCAUUUUUUGAAAAAGAACCGGAUGAUAAUUUAGAUAUUCUACUUGAAGCAGAUAAAGAUCGAGAACUUAAUUUACAAUCUUUAAUUUCAAUGGUUAACCACAAUGAGAUUUUAGAAAUUUGGAAAGUUUCCUGCUAUAAUCAUCCAAAAUGCUAUCAACAUGUAAUUUUGCUUAACAAUAGUGAACAUUUGUGCAUGUGCUUUAUGCUUAUUACACAUGGAGUUAUAUGUCAACAUUUUUUAAAAAUUUUUACGGUAUCUGCUAAAGCGUAUUUUCAUUUAAAGUUAAUUCCUAACCAUUGGUACAAGGAUGAAUAUUUUGAAUCAGCUAAAAAGGCAAUCCAAUAUGCAAUACAGGAUGGGUGCGAUGAUUUAAUGCAAUUUUUGAAAGAAUUUAAUAAACGGAAAGAGGAUCAACAGAUUCAAGCCGAAUUAAUCAAGCAGCAAGAAUUAUUGAAUAUUUGGAAAAUUACUACAAAUGGCAAUCAGAUUAUCUGUAAUACAAAUGGGAUUUUACUCGAUUCGAUGCAAGUCUUAGAUCUGAUAAAGCAUAAACCAAAGGGAAGGCCAUCAUCAAAACGGUUAAAAUCGUCCAUUGAACAACCUAAAAGUAACAGUAAAUCAAAAUCAAAUGUGUCAAACAUAUCCAAUAAUGAUAGGUGUCGUAAAUGUGGAUUAUGUGGUGAAGGUGGACAUUAUCGUAAUACAUGUUCUGCUGCAUAA